AUGCCAAUUAUGAUGCCAAACCAGCCAUCCGAAUUUACAGAUGAGGGUGGGAAAAGCGAGCUGCAAGCGGGAACACCCGGUCACGCCCCUCCGUCCCAAACGAUGCAUAAAUAUCACACGUAUCACUUCCCACGUAGCCCCAAUUAUGCAUCGCUAUCGACGGCAGCACGUGUUGCCGUGCGCUGUGACAGAUCCACUCCCCUUUUUUUCACCAUUUUCUCCUUUGGCCCGAUCCCAACCGUUCGGCGCCGCGUCGCCCGCCAAAAAAACAAUAACAAACGGCCCGUGGGAAGCUGCUUUCAGCGAAAACGCUGGCCCACGAAGCGGUGGCGCUCUGGUUCCAACGCCAGUCCAUUCUCGUGGAAAUUUGGGGCCGUCUGGUCGCUUACAACGCGCCCAACGGCUCUGUGCCCUGGGCAUUGUCCAUGUUUUGCUCGGCGCGUGCCGCCAAAAGUAGUGUUUAUUUCCAAAUCGAGCGGAAACUUUCAAAUUUUUUUCACGGUGCGGUAA